CGGCUGCGUCAUCACUCAGCGCCCAUUCAGCGGGAGCGUCGCGGCGUUUGAAGCGUCCACACCUGCAGCUGCUUUAAAAGACUGUUUGCGUCCCAAUAAUCGAUUCCGGGGGGAACCGAGAUGAUCGAUAUGAUCGAGAAGGAGGACCCGGUCAUCAGCGAGGAGGAGGCGGCGCAGUACGACCGACAGAUCCGGUUGUGGGGCCUCGAUGCCCAGAAGAGGUUGCGAGGGUCCCGUGUGCUCCUGGUGGGUUUAGGGGGUCUGGGGGCAGAAGUGGCCAAGAACUUAAUCCUGGCUGGAGUUAAAGGACUCACUUUACUGGAUCACGAACAGGCGUCGGAGGAGUCCUGUCGAGCUCAGUUCCUGGUUCCGGUGACGGCUCGGGGUCAGAAUCGAGCCCGGGCCUCUCUGGAGCGAGCGCAGAACCUCAACCCGAUGGUGGAGGUCCACGCCGACUCAGACAGAGUCGAAGACAAACCAGAUGACUUCUUUCUGCAAUUUGACGCGGUGUGUCUGACAGGCUGCUCCAGAGACCUGAUGGUGCGGGUCGACCAGCUCUGCUCUCAGCGCAACAUCAAGGUCUUCUGUGGGGAUGUCUACGGUUACUACGGUUACAUGUUCUGCAACCUCGGACAGGAGCACAACUACGUCGAGUAAGUGUGGGCUGCAACUCAAAAGUGUCAGACAAUCUUUGACAGACCUGCUGACAUUUAUUUUUCAUCUCCAUCCAAACAGACGUCCAGUUUCUGCACUCUGAAGGAGGCUCUGGAGGUUGACUGGACGAGUGAGAAGGCCAAAGCCGGGCUGAAGCGAACACCAGUGGACUACUUCCUGCUUCACGUUCUGUUGAAGUUUCGUACAGACAAAGGCCGUGACCCUGACCCACAAUCCUUUGCUGAAGACAGCCAGCUGCUGAGACAGAUCCGUGAUGACGUGCUCGAGGCCUUGGCAGUGAGCGGUGACCUCCUGAGUGAUGACUUCACCAGCUACUGCUUCUCUGAGAUGUCUCCAGUGUGCGCUGUCGUGGGGGGAGUUCUGGGACAGGAAGUUGUCAAGGCUCUCUCUCAAAGAGACGCUCCACACCGGAACUUUUUCUUCUUUGACGGUCGCAAAGGCAACGGCGUCGUCGACUACUUUGGAUCAAAGUAAACGCGUCACGCCGGCGCUCAGGAAAGUUUUACACACACAUACAAGCCCAGCAAACGUAUGUCUUUUCAUUCGUUUGUUCCGUCAGAUUAUUUAUAUCAGUAAAUUGCUCCAGUAGUCAUAAAAUGUAUCUGUUGUUUCAUAUUUGGCAUUUGAUCUCAAGUUUACUGUGGGAUUUCUGUUUUUUACAUUUCCUAAUAAAACAUUGUUUAGUAAAAAUGA